CAUGUUUGGUCAUCCAUCUGUCAGGUCCAGCAUCAGCAAACAGGAAUUAGAGGAGAAAAAAGCACUGGUCUAACAACACAAGUGACCAAGGGGAGAUCUUCAGCAGGAACACCUGCACAGUUCCAGAGUCAGAGGCACUAGGACCUUGAAAGAAGGGGACUGCUGGACCAGAGAGCUGGAGAGGUAAACGUCUGAAUAGAGCUGUAUUAACAUUUCAUCUGGCUUCAGGAAACACCGAUAACAGCAAUAGGAGUUCCACAUUUUGAAGCUUGGAAGAGAGGGAUACAGAGACAAAGAGAAAAAGAGAUUCUUUCAGAAUUGAACACUCAGUGAGGGGAGGGGAGGGAUGAGGGAGAAUGGAAGGGGGACUGAAAGGGGGCUUCUCACAAUAUUCCUGUUGAAAGGAUUAAAGAAGCCAAAACCUUUGUGACAGAAGUAAAACAACUGGCUUAUUUUGGAGAUCAUGUAAUUAAACAGUAGAGCUGAUUAAACAAUAGAAUGGGAACUUGCUGCCAGAAGACACAAAAAUAAGCCGUACAAAAAUGAAAUGUUUAAUCCAGUUAAAGGACUUGCUAGCUGAGGGACAGAUGCUAAUACACAAGUUGAUCAUCUAAUGACAAUACAUCUGAAAGGACAGGAUGCCGGGUUACCAUGGAAACACAAGUUACUCUAAAUGAUGUGGUGCUGAUGAACAGGCCAGGCCGAAGGCGAGAUGCUGUAUCUCUAUUCUGUUCUGCUUGUACCAUGAUGGCAGGUGGUAUUGGCAUUUCCAGCCUUAAUAAAUGGAUCUUUUCCAGUUGUAGGUACCCUUAUCCACUCUUUCUUUCUUCUUUGCAUAUGCUGUCAGCUGCCCUAGUCAACUUCUCCUUACUUCGAGCCGGAUUUGUAUGUGUGGGACCACAGAAGAAGGAUGAAGACCUGCCACCUCGUGUCCGGCGACAGAUUUUUGGACUCAGCGUCACCUUCUGUGCCAGUAUUGCCUUUGGCAACAUGGGACUAAAUUAUGUCCAGCUGUCCUUUGCACAGACUGUUUAUGCUACAACACCACUUGUGACUAUGGUAAUGUCACAAUUGCUGCUUGGUCAGGAACAGGGAUGGGUGAGAUAUGCCUCUAUGAUACCUGUCUGUCUUGGAGCUUGUUUCAGUGUUAUGGGAGAGUAUGAAAUCCACAAGUUGGGUUGCAUCUUUGUGUGUGCUGCUACAUUACUUCGAGGGAUUAAAUCAGUCCAGCAAAGUGUUUUGCUCCAGCAGCUCCAGAUGGAUUCCAUUGUCCUCCUCUAUGCCAUGGCUGUUCCUAGUUUCUUCAUGCUGCUGUCGGCCACGGUCCUUUUUGAGAGCAGGGCAUUAUGGGAGUUACUGACUCAAAAAGAUGGACGUCUCUACCUCUUCUUGACUCUGAGCUGCAGCUGUGCUGUGCUGUACAACUUGGCUAGUUUCUACGUGAUACAGCUAACAUCAGCUGUCACAGUGCAUGUGCUGGGGAACCUCACUGCUAUUGGGAACGUUUUGAUCUCUCAGGUACUUUUUGAGGGACAUGUGACCAGAUUAAGUCUAGCUGGAACUACCAUGAUGCUAGUAGGGAUGAUGAUGUAUCAGAAUUCUGAGGCACUGAAAUCUAAGCUGAAAAUAUAGAACAAUGUAUUUGAGUGUACGCAAGUACAAUAAUUCAUUACAAAAAUAGGGGAAAAAUAAUUAAAAGCUGUAUCAUUACUUUUCUUGUACUCACCUUCCAAAUAAGAUGAAAAAGCACAGUAAACAUCACUUCUAAAAGUGUAAUGGAGCAUUUCUGUUGUGCAUUAGUUAAACUACAGAAGGACUGAAGAGAUUCAAACUAAAAUAAAAAAAAAAAUCAAGUCAGUCACAGAAACACAAAACAUUCUGCAGGUUCUAUGAGCCCUAGCAUUUUGCUGUAGUCCCUUACAAAACACUAGACUACAGUGGGAGAUGGACCUUAAACAGAAGAUAGAAACUAGUUUCUUUGGCCUUCAUCUAAAUCUUGCAGACAAUUGCUAUUAUAUUAUAUUUGAGAGGCUAAGACAUUUACAAAACCUACCUGAACUCAUUUUUUCAUACAUCUGAGGUAAGUGAAUUUACUCCGAGUGGCAUGCAUACUGGACAGUGUUUGCUAAGCUGUUACGUAGCAGUAUUAUAUACAACAUCCCAUACCAUCUGAGGAAUUUAGUACAGUGUUUCAUUUCAACACAAGUUCAUCUGGUUUUCCUUUUGGAAGUAACACAAUGGUUAAUAUGAUUAUUACAAAAGCACUGUUUUGUAAGGUUUUAUCAGGAAAUAGACAUUAAAGCCAUGCCAGUUUAUUUUUAAUAGGUGGUAUGCAUGUUGGGGGUGAGUUUAACAGCAUAAAAUAGACGUUAUGACAAAAAGUGUAGCACACGUAUCAUUGCUCAGGCCAGUAGGACAUUAUUUAUUUAUUUUUACUUUAAAGUGAAAAUAUGUUUUUUUUUAUUUUUAAAAUUCAGAAGAAAAGUGUUUUAUAAACAAGGUGCUGUUAGAAAGGCUGCGGAGUAACAGCACAUUAGUUUUCUUUGUCUUAACAGAAUAUAGUUUUAUUUGUGAUUAUUGCCAUUAUUUUCAAGACUUCCUAAACUCUCCUGCUACAGGACUAUUAAGUUACCAUUUGAAAUUACAAUCCGUGGUUUAUGUAGCAGCAUCAAAUAACCAGUUCACAUGUUCCUGCAUAAACUAGUAGUAGUCCUCAGGGUUUUGUUCUGGCCAUUUUGUAGAUUCCACAACAGUCUGUACCGCUCAACUAUUUUUUUGUACAUAUUUUGUAAUGUCAAGAAAAUGUUCUUUGAUAAUAUAUAAUAAAUAAAAAGUGACAUAUUCUUAAUGUUUUAUUCACCA